AUGACCACCAAUCCGAAGAAGAUCAUUGCGGUAGUAGGUGCAACUGGCACCCAGGGCUCGUCUGUUGCCCGUACAUUCUUGAGUCUUCCCGGCUGGUCCGUUCGGUGCCUGACUCGAGAUCCAAACUCCGACAAAGCCACCGAACUAUCCAAGUUAGGUGCCGAGGUCGUUAAAGCAGAUAUGGAAGACAAAGAAUCUCUGCAACAAGCAUUCAACGGCGUUCAUGCAAUCUUUCUCAACACGGACUUCUGGCAUCCGUAUCGCAAAGCACUCGCCGCAGGAGUUGAUCUUCUUACCAGUGCCAAGAAAGGCUAUGACGUGGAGGUUUCCCAUGGAAAGAACGCCGCCGAUGUGGCUGCGACUAUCCCAACCCUGGAGCGACUCAUUUACUCUGCGCUCGGUCCCAUGAAAGCUGCUUCCGGUGGAAAGUAUUCGCUGUCAUACCAUUGGGAGACCAAGGCAUACAUUGCCGAGUAUAUUCAAGCCCAGCCCAACUUGGUCAAGAAGGCUUCUUUCAUUUACAUCGGUGCUUAUAUCACCAAUGCUUUCCUCUACCCCAAAUUCCAGCCCGAGAGCGGGGAGUUUGUUUCAAUCAUUCCAGCAAAGAAAGAGACGAUGAUGCCGAUCAUCAACACUGCCGAGUCGACGGGACCUUUUGUCCGUGCUUUGGUGGAGGAUGAAGAGUCGGGGACAAAGCUUCUCGCGUAUGACGACUAUCUCAGCCUCCAGCAGAUCACAGAUAUUUGGUCCACGGCUCUGGGAAAGCACGUCAGUUUGAUCUCGAUGAGCAUGGAAGAGAUGAAUCAGAAGAUGGGUAUCCCCUUGGAGGUUCUCCAUGGUCCUGCCUUUAUUAGCGAAUAUGGCUAUUGCGCGGGACUUGAGAAUGUCAUCGAGCCUGGUCAGCUCAAGAAGCGUGUACAACACCAAUCAUUCGAGGACUGGCUCAAAGAGCAAGAUAUUGCGGAAUUGCUUGAUCUGAAGAAGGAAAACCGCUGGGAUGGCCGUAUCCAGUAA